CAAAACGACAUGUUAUUGAGGUAAAGCCUCUCAGGAAGAACUAAAAGCAUUACCGGGAAAGAGUUCGCCCAAGGGGAUAUACGACAGAGGAGAAGCUCAGAGAAUUCUUUCCAUUUUUUGAAAUUCUGUUAGCAACGGUCAAAAAGCCCGCCAAAAAAUAAGUAUGAAAGUUAAUGGGUCAUCUUCACUUAACUCACCACCAUUCAGCAAAACCAUUAUUGUUGUCUUCCUCAUCCAGACUUUUCUCAACUUUGACACCAGACCAACCUACACCUGCCAAGAGUUUCAAAACCUUUUCCCGCAUCUUCCAACAAUGCUCCGAUGGAAGAGCCUUGAAUCAGGGCAAACAAGCCCACUCUCGGAUGAUCGUAUCUGGGUUCGAGCCUACGGUCUUUGUCGUGAACUGUUUGAUUCAGAUGUAUGUCAAGUGUUGCAAUUUGGAUUAUGCAACCAAGGUGUUUGAUGGAAUGACUGAGAGAGACACGGUGUCUUGGAACACCAUGAUUUUUGCGUAUGCUGGGUGCAGCAAGAUGGAGUUUGCGCAGAAAUUUUUUGAUGUUAUGCCGACGAGGGAUGUGGUCUCUUGGAAUUCUUUGGUUUCAGGGUACUUGCAGAAUGGCAACUAUAUGAAGUCUAUAGGUGUUUGUGUGCAAAUGAGGAGUUCUGGCAUGGCUUUUGACCCUACUUCAUUAGCUGUCUUUUCAAAAGCUUGUUCGGCAAUAGAAGAUUAUGAUUUGGGGAUUCAGAUUCACUGUGUUGCAGUGAAGAUGGGUUUUGAUGUUGAUGUGGUGACGGGAAGCUCUUUGUUAGAUAUGUAUGCUAAGUGUAACAAGCUAAGGUUUUCUCUUCAGGUUUUUCAUGAAUUACCUGAAAAAAAUUGGGUUUCUUGGAGCGCUAUUAUUGCUGGUUGUGUUCAGAAUAAUCAUUUACUUAAGGCGUUAGAAAUGUUCAAGAAGAUGCAGAUUGCAGGAAUUGGAGUUAGCCAAUCUACCUACGCUAGUGUUUUCAGGUCCUGUGCUGGAUUGUCUGCCUAUGGUUUUGGGAGUCAGUUGCAUGGACAUGUCAUAAAGGCUUGUUUUAGUUCUGAUGUAAUAGUAGGAACUGCCACUUUGGACAUGUACGCAAAAUGUGGCAGUAUGUCUGAUGCUAGGAAACUAUUUAACUCAAUGCCGAACCAUAAUUUGCAAUCUUAUAAUGCCAUUAUUAUAGGAUAUGCUCGUAGUGGGCAAGGAAAUGAAGCUCUGUGCUUAUUCUUGUUGUUGCUGAAGUCUGGUCUUGGUUUUGAUGAAAUAUCUUUAUCCGGUGCACUUGGUGCUUGUGCAGUGAUUAAAGGGCAUCUAGAGGGACUUCAACUACAUGGAUUAGCAGUUAAGAGUCGUUUGAGGUCCAAUAUAUGUGUUUCAAAUGCCAUUUUAGACAUGUAUGGAAAAUGUGGAUAUCUGAUUGAUGCUUCUUGUGUGUUUGAUGAGAUGGUUAUAAGAGAUGCUGUGUCUUGGAAUGCAAUAAUUUCAGCUCAUGAGCAGAAUGAUAAUAGAGAUGAAACCCUUCAAAUUUUUGUUUGCAUGCUCCGUUCAAGAAUGGAACCUGAUCAGUUUACAUACGGUAGUGUUCUCAAAGCUUGUGCAGCUCAACAAGGUUUAAAUCAUGGGACAGAGAUCCAUGGAAGAAUCAUCAAAUCUGGAUUGGGAUGGGACUCGUUUGUAGGAGGUGCCCUUGUUGAUAUGUACUGUAAGUGUGGAACAAUAGAAGAAGCAGAAAAGCUACAUUAUAGAACUGAUGCACAAACAAUGGUUUCAUGGAAUGCAAUUCUUUCCGGAUUCUCGCAGCAAAAUCAAAGCGAGGAUGCUCAGAGAUUUUUUGCUCAGAUGCUGGAGACAGGCAUUAAACCUGAUAAUUUCACUUAUGCAACAGUUCUAGAUGCUUGUGCUAAUUUGGCUACUGUUGGACUAGGAAUGCAAUUACACGCUCAAAUUAUCAAGCAAGAAUUGCAUUCAGAUACAUAUAUAUCCAGCACACUUGUUGAUAUGUACUCAAAAUGUGGAAACAUGCAAGAUUCUCGACUGAUGUUUGAGAAAGCGCGAAAGCGAGAUCCUGUGACAUGGAAUGCUAUGAUAUGUGGCUAUGCCCACCAUGGCCUAGGAGAAGAAGCCCUUAAAGUUUUUGAGGAUAUGCAACUUGAGAAUGUGAAACCAAACCGUUCAACUUUUGUUUCUGUUCUUCGCGCUUGUGCACAUAUUGGACACGUCGAAAAAGGGCUACACUAUUUCCAUUCAAUGCAAAGUGACUAUAACUUAGCUCCUCAGUUGGAGCAUUACUCGUGCAUGGUAGACAUUAUAGGCAGAUCAGGUCAACUUAGAGAAGCAUUGAGACUUAUUGAGGAGAUGCCUUUUGAAGCUGAUGCUAUUAUAUGGAGAACUUUGCUUAGUAUUUGUAAGCUACAUGGAGAUAUAGGAGUGGCAGAGAAGGCAGCUAGCUCUAUUUUACAGUUGGAUCCUCAAGACUCUGCUGCUUAUGUUCUUUUAUCAAAUAUUUAUGCUGAUUCUGGGAUGUGGGAUGAGAUGUCAACGAUGAGAAGAGCAAUGAGGUCUCACAGAGUGAAGAAGGAGCCUGGUUGUAGCUGGAUUGAGGUCAAAGAUGAGGUACAUGCGUUUUUUGUUGGGGACAAGGCUCAUCCAAGAUGCAAUGAGAUCUAUGAGAACCUUCAUUUGCUAGUUAGUGAAAUGAAGUGGGCUGGUUAUAUGCCGUUUAUUGAAUUUGAUGAGGAGGUAGCUGAAGAAGAAGUGCAUGAACAAGAUGAGCUUGGAAAGUUCAUGUACAAUGCUUAGUUUUGCAACUAUUUUCAAAGAUAUUUUAGUUUCUCUAAAACAUGGAGAUUUUGCCCCCAAAUGAUAUUUUAGAGUAAACAAAUUAAACCUUUUGUUCAACUAAUCACAAAAUGAUUUUUCUCACA